GGAGGGAUUCCGAGGGUGGGAUUGGGAGGAGGGCGAGCGGGCGUGUGUGCGUGUCUGUGUGUGUGUGUGUGUGUGUGUGUGUGUGUGGCGGGGUGGGAGUGCCUGGGGGACCUCGGGGACUCCGCGAAGAGAGCGCACCAUGGCAGCGCCGGGCAAGGCCGCGCGCGUCGGGGCUAAGCCCGGCCACGGGGAGGCGAGGCCGGCCCCCGCAGAUGGCCGGGACAAGCACCCUCGCGUCGCCACCGCACCGCCGCGGGACUCGGGUUGCCGCGGCUGCUGGGGAGACCUGGUGCUGCGGCCGCUCCGGCGCUGCCGGAAACUUUCCUCCGCGUUGUACGCGGGCUCCCUGUCCUUUCUGCUGGCGCUGUUGGUGAGGCUAGUCCGCGGGGAGAUCGGCUGUGACCUGGAGCGGAGUAAGGAGGCGGCGGCGGCGGCGGCGGCGGAGGAGGAGGAAGCUGCCCCGGGCGCAGAAGGGGGCGUCUUCCCGGGGCCGCGGGGUGGUGCUCCCGGGGGCGGCGCGCCGCUCGGCCCCUGGCUGCAGCCCUCGGCGCUGCUCUUCAGUCUCCUCUGUGCCUUCUUCUGGAUGGGCUUGUACCUCCUGCGCGCCGGGGUGCGCCUGCCUCUGGCCGUCGCGCUGCUGGCCGCCUGCUGCGGGGGGGAAGCGCUCGUCCAGAUUGGGCUGGGCGUCGGGGAGGAUCACUUACUCUCGCUCCCCGCCGCGGGGGUGGUGCUCAGCUGCUUGGCCGCCGCGACAUGGCUGGUGCUGAGGCUGAGGCUGGGCGUCCUCAUGAUCGCCUUGACUAGCGCUGUCAGGACGGUGUCCCUCAUUUCCUUAGAGAGAUUCAAGGUCGCCUGGAGACCUUACCUGGCGUACUUGGCCGGCGUGCUGGGGAUCCUCCUGGCCAGGUACGUGGAGCAAAUCUUGCCGCAGUCAGCGGGGGCGGCUCCGAGGGAGCAUUUUGGGUCCCAGCUGCUUGCUGGGACCAAGGAAGAUAUCCCGGUGUUUAAGAGGAGGAGGCGGUCCAGCUCCGUGGUGUCCGCCGAGAUGUCCGGCUGUAGCAGCAAGUCCCAUCGGAGGACCUCUCUGCCCUGCAUACCGAGAGAACAGCUCAUGGGGCAUUCAGAAUGGGACCACAAACGAGGGCCAAGAGGAUCACAGUCUUCAGGAACCAGUAUCACUGUGGACAUUGCCGUGAUGGGUGAGGCUCACGGCCUCAUCACUGACCUUCUCGCAGACCCUUCUCUGCCUCCCAACGUGUGUACAUCCCUGAGGGCAGUGAGCAACCUCCUCAGCACACAGCUCACCUUCCAGGCCAUUCACAAGCCCAGAGUGAACCCCGCCGUUUCUUUCAGUGAAAACUAUACCUGCUCAGAUUCUGAAGAAAGCGCUGAAAAAGACAAGCUGGCUAUUCCCAAGCGCCUGAGAAGGAGUUUGCCCCCUGGUUUGUUGAGACGAGUUUCAUCGACUUGGACAACCACCACCUCAGCCACGGGUCUGCCCACUUUGGAACCUGCCCCAGUACGGAGGGACCGGAGUGCCAGCAUCAAACUGCAUGAGGCACCUUCAUCCAGUGCUAUUAAUCCAGAUUCGUGGAAAAACCCAGUGAUGAUGACUCUCACCAAAAGCAGAUCCUUUACUUCGUCCUAUGCUGUUUCUGCAUCUAACCACGUAAAGGCUAAAAAGCAAAGCCGACCGGGUUCUCUAGUGAAAAUUUCACCUCUUUCAUCACCCUGUUCUUCGCCUCUCCAAGGGACUCCUGCCAGCAGCCCAGUCAGCAAAAUUUCUACAGUGCAGUUUCCAGAACCUGCUGAUGCAACGGCCAAACAAGGCCUGAGUUCUCACAAGGCCUUAACUUACACUCAGAGUGCCCCUGACCUUUCUCCUCAGAUCCUGACUCCACCUGUUAUAUGUAGCAGCUGUGGCAGACCAUAUUCUCAAGGGAAUCCUGCUGAUGGACCCCUGGAGAGAAGCGGGCCAGCCAUUCAGACACAAAGCAGAACAGAUGACACCGCUCAAGUUACCUCUGAUUAUGAAACCAAUAACAACAGUGAUAGCAGUGAUAUUGUACAGAAUGAAGAUGAGACUGAGUGCUCCAGAGAGCCUCUGAGGAAGGCAUCAGCUUGCAGUGCCUACACGCCUGACACCAUGAUGUUCCUGGACAAACCAAUUCUUGCUCCUGAACCUCUUGUCAUGGAUAAUUUGGACUCAAUUAUGGAGCAUCUAAAUACUUGGAAUUUUCCAAUUUUUGAUUUGGUGGAAAAAAUAGGAAGAAAAUGCGGCCGUAUUCUUAGCCAGGUAUCAUACAGACUUUUUGAAGACAUGGGUCUCUUUGAAGCUUUUAAAAUUCCAAUUAGAGAAUUUAUGAAUUAUUUUCAUGCUUUGGAGAUUGGCUACAGGGAAAUUCCUUAUCAUAACAGAAUCCAUGCCACUGACGUCUUACAUGCUGUUUGGUAUCUUACAACACAACCUAUCCCAGGCCUCUCAACUGUGAUUAAUGAUCACGGAUCGACAAGUGAUUCAGAUUCUGACAGUGGAUUUACACAUGGACAUAUGGGAUAUGUAUUCUCAAAAAUGUAUAACGUGCCAGAUGAUAAAUAUGGAUGUUUGUCUGGAAAUAUCCCUGCCUUAGAGUUGAUGGCAUUAUAUGUGGCUGCUGCCAUGCAUGAUUAUGAUCACCCGGGAAGGACUAAUGCUUUUCUGGUUGCAACUAGUGCCCCUCAGGCGGUGCUCUACAAUGAUCGUUCAGUUUUGGAAAAUCACCAUGCAGCUGCUGCUUGGAAUCUUUUCAUGUCCCGGACAGAAUAUAACUUCUUAGUUAACCUUGACCAUGUGGAAUUUAAGCACUUCCGUUUCCUCGUCAUCGAAGCAAUUUUGGCCACCGACCUGAAGAAACACUUUGACUUUGUAGCCAAAUUUAAUGCCAAGGUGAAUGAUGAGGUUGGAAUAGAUUGGACCAAUGAAAAUGAUCGUCUGCUGGUUUGUCAAAUGUGCAUAAAGUUGGCAGAUAUCAAUGGGCCAGCUAAAUGUAAAGAGCUCCAUCUUCAGUGGACAGAGGGUAUUGUCAAUGAGUUUUAUGAACAGGGUGAUGAAGAGGCCAGCCUUGGAUUACCAAUAAGCCCCUUCAUGGACCGCUCUGCUCCUCAGUUGGCCAAUCUUCAGGAAUCUUUCAUCUCACACAUCGUGGGUCCUCUGUGCAACUCCUAUGAUUCAGCAGGACUUAUGCCAGGGAAAUGGGUGGAAGACAGUGAUGAAUCAGGAGAUACUGAUGACCCGGAAGAAGAGGAGGAAGAGGAGGAGGCACCAAAAGAAGAGGAAACCUGUGAAAAUAAUGACACUCCAAGAAAGAAAACUUUCAAAAGGAGGAAAAUCUACUGCCAAAUAACUCAGCACCUCCUGCAGAACCACAAGAUGUGGAAGAAAGUCAUUGAGGAGGAACAGCGGUUGGCAGGCAUAGAGUCUCAAUCCCUGGACCAGGCCCCCCAGCAGCAUUCCUCAGAACAGAUCCAGGCUAUCAAGGAAGAAGAUGAGGACAAGGGGAAGCCGAGAGGAGAGGAGACCCCAACACCAAAGCCAAACCAGUGACAAUGGAUAGAAUGAGCUGUGUUUCCAAACAGAGUGACUUGUCACAGACUCUUUUCAAGCCAGCACAACACUUAGACACAACACUGUAGAAAUACAAGAAGAUGGGCAAACAGCUAUUGCAUUUUGGGAUUCUUUGCAUUUUCUGUGUUUAUUUUUACAGUGAGGUACAAGGGUUAAGAAACUCUUGCUCAGAGAAGCUUUCACAUUGUAACACCAGCUUCCAAGGAUUUUUUUUUUUAAAGGAAGAAAUAGAUAUGUGUGUGUGUGUAUAUAAGCUCUCACAUAGAUCCAUGUAAAACAUAUUCACAGACACACUGAAAGCUGGGAUUACUGGCUCCACAAUUUAGUAACAUUUAUAUUAAGAUAUAUAGUGGUCACUGUGAUAUACUAAAUCAUAAAGGAAAAAAAUAGAGGAAAACAAAUCACCAAGGAGAUGGUGCGGCUUAGCAGGGAAACAGUGCAGCAAAUGUAGGUUACAACUAAGGAGCUUUUGCUCUUAGUAUUGAGAUGAAAGUUCCAGAGCAUUGUUUGAAUUCUUACACAUCCUGCCAAUAUUUGUGUGUGUGUGUGUGUGUGUGAGCGGAAGAGAGAUGGAAAGAGUGAUCGUGUGUAUGAUAUUUGUGUGUAUGUGAAGAGAGAUUUUUGUGAUUUUAGCCAUUUAUAGCAUUGCUGCAGCUGACGACUCAGCACACGUGAACAAACAGGAUGGAGUUCACUCUGGAGUGUCUUUGAGAGGCAGCCCUUCCAAAUAUCUUCCUCCGGUAAAGUCCCUGUGCAGAGAGAGGGGAUUGGCGGGCUGGGGGAGAGGGUCAUGCGCCUGGUACUACUGCUAUGCACCACUUGGAGGCGCUGUGGCACCAGCCUUAAACCGGGAAGACUGAGGCAUUUUCCAGGGAAUGUAUAGGAGCUGUUUGCGAGUAUGUCCCUCGCUUACCUAGGAACAAAUCACCAUCCAAGGGAAUGGCAUUCUUUAUACAGAAACACUUAGAAAGGAGCAGGAGUCAGGUCUUUUCAUCAGGUGAGAGUUCUAAAAGAUUCCCAGAGAAAACCUGGGAAUUGGCUCGUAACUGGGAUCUCCCAUGUCUUAAUUUGCUGCAAAGAAAAAAGAAAGGCAAAUAGAAACCCACUCUGGGAUAGCUAGACAUGAAAGGGAAAAUACCAGGCUGUGUGGUUUUCGAUAUGGUGAAAGCCUGAUUCUUGGCAACUGCUGAAGAUUGGCUUCUGGGUGGCAGAGGUCACACUGACAACCCUGUUGCAUAUUCCACCUGAAGUGUGAUGGCGUGGCUUCUAUCUGCAGUCUGGCCCACUGUCAUGUUUCUUUUGGCAGGGAAGAUUCUAGAAGGAUUUGGGAGAACUGGGCCUAGAAAGGCUUUUUUUGUUUUUUUUGUUUUUGUUUUUGUUUUUUUUUUUUUUUGGUUUGUUUAUUUACACUUGUUUAUGCUGUGAGCCAAACCUCUAUUUAAAAAGUUGAUACUCACUUUCAAUAUUUUAUUCCAUAUUAUUAUAUUUGUCAUGAAUAGUUAUCUUGAUGUAAAUAUAAAAAUUUGUUUUUGUUUCUGUAGAUAGUAAACUUUUUUUUUUAAAGGGAAAAGGGAAACAUUUUUAUAAAGUUCUAUUUUAAUCACCAUUUUUAUACAUUGUAGCUAUCUCCAAUCCCAGUAAGAGAGUGACGGUUCAUUUGCAUGAACGUCUAUGAACACACACUCAUCUGCCUAUUCUAAUUUAAAUAAUAAUCUGAUAGUUAUUUUAUGCCAACUCAAUGAGAAUGCUGCAAAGAAAGUUUUUUCACUAAUAACUUUUGCUAACUUUGAGGUAACUUUUGGAUCCAUGUCUCCUAAGUGAAAGACUUCCUUAAAUAAUACCAAAUGUUUAUAAUUAGUGUCCCUUUCUUCCCAAUACUUUUUGGUUAUAACUCUUUCUUCAGUACUAUAUCUGGACCUGCUCAUCAUCUAAACAGUCUAAGCUUCUUGCUUGUUAUUUCUACUUUUUAUUUCCUCUGAAAUCAUAGAAAAGUGUUUACAUUAAAAAUGCCUGUUUCUCAUAAAUGUUCUUCCCUUCCAAAGCAGUGAUUUUACAAUAAUCCAUGGCAUUUUAAAAAGAAGGCAAAGAUGAUACAAUCAAAAAUAAACAUAGUUUCAAGGCAAAUUUCCCAAUAAGUAGGAAAAUAUGAAAAGGAUCAAAUGGCUGCAGACUCUAACUAAAUAAUGAGAAUAAUUUUUUUUUUUUGGCAUUAACACCAGGUCUUCAUUAUUUAGGACUUACUGAAUUGUUUUCCAUUUGUUUAAUAUUGCCUGUGUGUCUCUAUGUUUGCAAAACUUACUCUGAGACAAAUACAUUUUCCCAGUGAAUUUAUCCUCCUUCCACUGCAAAUAGCAUCAGGAAAAAAAAAAAAGCAUUUAUACUCAUAUACCUCUGUAUCUAUAAGUAAUUAGAUAAUGAGUUAACAAAAUGGAUCCUUUUCCCUGCUUGAAAUGCCAUGUCUCUAAGAUAAACAUAAGUCGAGGGAAAAUCAAGGUGUGGAGCAAGAACAACAGCAGAAUAGCUGUGAGUUCAUAAAGAUAUUUUGGUAACUUCAUCAAAGCUCUGUGAUCCCAAAUAGGGGCCAACCUGGCUGCCAGAGUAGAGGUCAAAGGAAACUGCCUGGUUUUUGUUUUGUUUUAGAAUAUAUGAAACAGUGAUGGCCAAAGCAGUAAGAACCCCUUCAUUCCAUAAUUGUGCUCAUCAGUCUAGGCAGAUUAAUAACUUUCUUCAAAAAUAAAUUGCCCUUGUAGUAAAGCUAGAAGGGAUAGAGAGUCAUCAAGGGUGUGAUGCAUGCACAUCCAGUACAUCCCAAAGGAUGCCUAGGGAUGUAAAAAGAUAUUUUUCUGCUAGUGAUGGUUUCCCCGUCCUCAGUGACAGCAAUAUUGCUGUGUUCACUUAAAACUCCAGAGCUUACUUCCUGUGGUGCCAGUGUAUUUGUUGCAAUUUACUACAUUUUUAUAUGAGCCCAAUUAGAGGUGCCAUUAGAUAAACUCAGGUCUUUCAAAUGAAGGAAUGUCUAGCCCAUUUAGGGGAAAUGUACAGACAGCCAUGAGACUAAUGAUAGGGAAAGUUGGAACUUGUGGCCUUGAUGUUUGUGGUUGCUUUCUGUUAAGGAAAGACCAGAUAUACUAAGAGAGUCAUCAGUGUCAUUUCCAGCAUGCUAAUAGAAUUUCUUUCCAGUUAUUAAUCUAAACCAACCUUGAGAGUAUUGUUUCCUUGGUGAAAACACCACUUGAGCAUACUUUUAAUUGUAAUUUGUUUUUGUCAUUUAUAUAAGACCUGGUUUUGCUCUUAGUUAAAGAUAAUAGUAGCUCUGUAAAGGGAUUUCUCUAUAUUAGUCUUCAUCUGAGAAGUGAAGGAAUUUCCUCAUAUCAUGUUUAUACAAACAGAAUACCCAACUAUGUCUGUUCCAUUUCAAUGGAAUUUCAGAACAAAGCCUAACCAUUGCAAAUCCAGUAAGACUAAGGAAAGGGAUUGUCAUGCAGACUUCAUAUUACAUGUAUGUAUUAGAAUUGCUUCAUAUCCCUGCCUCUCUUGAUUUGAGAUUUUCUCAUGUCCCCUGUCACUUUUCCAGAAAACUUUCUUUGAAGGUAAAAGCUGUGCAAAAGUGGUGAGACUCAGGCCUAUUCUUUGUUUAAAUUAUGGAAAAAUAUAAAUUAUUUUAUAAUAAAGAUAUGAAAAUUAUCAUUGUAAAUAAAGUCUAAAGUUUGAAAUGA